UGCUCCACAUGUGCAACUCAGCUGCUGCAUUAUUCAUACCCAGAGAUGCUUUCAGAGAGCAGACCGGCAAUAGGACAGGAGACAAGUGUAGGGGGUCAAUUGGAAACAGCUUCAAUGUGACAGGAACAGGAAGUGGUGAACUGAGAGAGCUACCUGGUAAAACAUGAGUCUUGUCGGUUCCUCUCUCAUGACACUGCCUGCAAAUCAUCUCAACCUUUCCAAACAUAGAUUCACCAGGCUUUACCAUGUAUUUGACUUAAAUCUCGAGGGAGUAUCUUCAGCCCCGUCUCGCCUGACACCCAUUUGACUGUUCUAGAGACGAAAUGACACAAAACGGUGCCAGGACCGGUAAUGGUACCGCAAAAAAAGGAGAGGAACUUAAAAUUGUGAUUGUUGGAGAUGGAGGCUGCGGGAAAACAUCACUUCUGAUGGUUUAUGCCAAAGGUGAUUUUCCAGAGAAAUAUGCGCCAUCAGUGUUUGAAAAAUAUGUCACCACCAUCUCUCUGGGAGGAAAAGAGAUAAAACUCAACCUGUAUGACACAGCCGGGCAGGAUGACUAUGACAGACUACGGCCACUUUCAUACCAAGAGGCCAAUCUGGUUCUUGUCUGCUUUGACGUGACCAACCCCACCAGCUUUGAGAAUGUCAUGAUAAAAUGGUACCCUGAGGUGAAGCACUUCUGUCGGGACACACCGGUCAUCCUGAUUGGCUGCAAGACUGACCUCAGGAAGGACAAAGAGUGUGCAAGGAAACUGAAGGCUAUGAAUCUGGCUCCCAUCACUUACACACAGGGUGAGGAGACCCGGCAGCAGAUGAAUGCAGAGCUCUACCUCGAGUGUUCGGCAAAGUAUCAGGAGCACGUGGAAGACAUUUUCAGGGAGGCCACCAAAAAGGCUUUGGCCUUCAAUCGAAAACAGAGAAACCACAAGAGGAAGAAGAUAUGUGUGGUUUUGUGAGGACAAAAAGACAGCGGCUUGACUCCUGCAGGGGCGAGCGUCAUUGGUGAUGGUGAUUGACUUCAUGUUUCAGAGUGGCUGGACGUUCAGAUACCAAAGAUGCUUGGUGUCUUAAGACAGAUGCGGCAGCUGGUUUUGCCCCUGGAAGUUUGGGCCUCACUGAAUUGUGAGUGUGUCUCUCUUUUACCGUCAAACGAAAAUGACUAGCGAUGCAACAGGAAAGACAAUUUUGCAAGAAGUUGCAGCAGUAGCAGUUGGAAAUUAUAUGACUUGAAAUGCCUUUGGAAUCUUUGAACAUAUUUUUACUUUUGUAUAAAAAUUGAAUUUUUACAUAUAUUUUUUCCUAUUACAAAACUUUGUACUGUUUGCAAACCACCAUGUUUUACUGAAAAGCAUAUUUAUUGGAAGAAUUUUAAGUUAGUUCUUGUAAUGUCAACUUGAUAGUUUUUUUUAGUAUCAGUUUUGAUGUCAGUCUAGUCUGAUCAACAAAUGCCCUGAUAAAAAAAGCUGCUGAAAUUCAAUUACUGAUGGAGCUGUAGCUUUAAAAGACUUGAGAAGGAAAAAAACUUGAUAAACACCCAACAGAGUUAGUUCAUUUCCAGUAAAGCAGAAGACUGGACUGCAAUUUAGAAGCUUUGUCAACUCAUGGAGGGCUCUUGUCUUUACCAACAGCGCCCACUAGUGUUGGAACCCCUGAAUGUCACAUUGAAAUAAACACCAUUACUUUAUGUUUCAGUGCAGAAGAAACACAGCUAAAAAUUUUUAACUAAGUGUUUAAUUAUUAAUAUUUCUUACAACAGUGUACACAAAUUGUCAACUGUCUCUUGUCACUGACUAUAUUCAGGCACCAGUUACAGUCUUGAAAUGAAUGAUGAAAACAUUCAACAUCAGCUACAUCAAAGAAAGUUGAGUUGUUCUGUGUGUUCUGGCAGCUCUGGCAAUGAAAUGUAUCAUUAUGGUCUGUAACUCAACACGCUUUAAUUUCCCCUCAAUAAAAGUGAUACAUAAAAUAC